GUUGCACAAAGAGUUGUUGAAGGACACAAAGCUCGCUUGCUUGCAACUCUGCCAUGUCCCCCGGGAAAACUUGGUGAAUCAAGACGAUAACUGGCCCAUCUUGGUGGUAGAUUAAUCUUGGCCACCAAGCUGGAGAGCAGACAGGAAGAAGGCCAUGGGCAGCAAGGAACGCUUUCAUUGGCAAAGCCACAAUGUCAAACAGAGCGGGGUGGAUGACAUGGUCUUGCUCUCCAAAAUUAAUGAAGAUGCCAUCGUUGAAAAUCUGAAGAAACGUUACAUGGAUGAUUACAUCUUCACCUAUAUUGGACCAGUCCUUAUAUCUGUCAACCCCUUUAAGCAGAUGCCCUAUUUUACAGAUCGAGAAAUUGAACUCUACCAAGGAGCGGCUCAGUAUGAGAAUCCACCUCACGUUUAUGCACUCACAGACAACAUGUACCGCAAUAUGCUCAUUGAUGGAGAGAACCAGUGUGUCAUCAUCAGUGGUGAAAGUGGCGCUGGGAAAACAGUGGCUGCAAAAUACAUCAUGGGAUACAUUUCCAAGGUGUCGGGAGGAGGCGAAAAGGUGCAGCAUGUCAAAGACAUCAUUCUCCAGUCCAAUCCAUUACUUGAAGCUUUUGGCAACGCCAAGACCGUGAGAAAUAAUAACUCCAGUCGAUUUGGGAAAUACUUUGAGAUCCAGUUCAGUCGUGGUGGUGAGCCCGAUGGAGGAAAGAUCUCCAAUUUCCUACUGGAAAAAUCCCGGGUGGUGAGCCAAAACCAGAGCGAAAGGAACUUCCACAUUUAUUAUCAGCUUAUUGAGGGUGCUUCCCAAGAUCAGAAACACAACCUGGGCAUUAUGAGCCCAGAUUAUUAUUAUUAUUUAAACCAGGCAGAGACCUACAAAGUGGAUGGCACAGAUGAUCGGAGUGAAUUCCAUGAGACCAUGAGUGCCAUGGAUGUGAUUGGCAUCACAGGCCAAGAUAAGCAACUUGUCGUACAGAUUGUAGCUGGUAUUCUCCAUCUAGGGAACAUCAGUUUCGAGGAGAAAGGGAACUAUGCUCAAGUGGAGAAUUCAGACUUGCUAGCUUUUCCCGCCUACCUUUUGGGAAUUGACAAGGACCGCCUAGAUGAGAAGCUCACCAGUCGGAAAAUGGACAGCAAAUGGGGUGGCCGGUCAGAGUCCAUUAAUGUAACCCUCAAUGUAGAACAAGCGUCCUAUACUCGUGAUGCCCUAGCCAAAGGCCUUUAUGCCCGGGUCUUUGACUUCCUCGUUGAGUCCAUCAACAAAGCCAUGCAGAAACCAAAUGAAGAAUACAGUGUUGGUGUCCUAGACAUUUAUGGUUUUGAAAUAUUCCAGAGAAAUGGCUUUGAACAGUUCUGCAUUAACUUUGUGAAUGAAAAACUUCAACAGAUCUUCAUUGAAUUGACACUUAAAGCAGAGCAGGAAGAGUAUGUCCAGGAAGGCAUCAAGUGGACCCCAAUUGAAUAUUUCAACAACAAAAUUGUGUGUGAUCUCAUUGAAAACAAAGUGAAUCCUCCUGGAAUUAUGAGCAUCUUAGAUGAUGUUUGCGCUACUGUGUAUGCAAAGGGCGAGGGGGCCGACCAGAUCUUGCUGCAGAAGCUGCAGUCCGGAGUGGGGACCCACGAGCAUUUCAACGGCUCCAGUUCAGGAUUCAUCAUCCACCACUAUGCUGGCAAGGUCUCCUAUGACGUAAACGGCUUUUGUGAACGAAAUCGGGAUGUGCUUUUCACCGACCUGAUAGAACUAAUGCAAACCAGUGAAUUUGCUUUCAUCCGGAUGCUUUUCCCAGAAAAACUUGAUUCAGAUAAAAAAGGACGGCCCACUACAGCUGGAUCCAAAAUUAAGAAACAGGCCAACGAUCUUGUGAAAACGCUGAUGAAAUGCACACCUCAUUACAUCCGUUGCAUUAAACCCAAUGAGACGAAGAGGCCGCGAGACUGGGAAGAGAGUAGGGUGAAGCACCAAGUGGAGUACCUGGGACUGAAGGAGAAUAUCCGAGUCCGUCGAGCUGGAUUUGCAUAUCGCAGAGUCUUUCAUAAAUUCCUGCAAAGGUAUGCCAUCCUGACCCCAGAAACGUGGCCAAGGUGGCGAGGGGAUGAACGCCAAGGAGUCCAGCACUUGUUAAGGUCUGUCAACAUGGAUGUGGAUCAGUAUCAGAUGGGCCGCACAAAGAUUUUUGUCAAGAAUCCAGAGUCGCUCUUCCUCCUUGAGGAAAUGCGGGAACGAAAGUUUGAUGGGUACGCCCGGGUCAUCCAGAAAGCGUGGCGCCAUCACAUCGCCAUCAGGAAGUAUGAGCAGAUGCGAGAAGAAGCGUCCCAUAUCCUGUACAACUUCAAAGAGAGACGACGGAACAGCAUCAACCGGAAUUUCGUGGGGGAUUAUCUGGGCAUGGAAGACAAACCAGAACUACGCCAGUUUUUGGGCAAAAGGGAGAGAAUCGAUUUUGCUGAUUCAGUCACCAAGUACGACAGGCGGUUUAAGCCCAUCAAGCGGGACUUAAUCUUAACACCCAAACACCUGUAUCUGAUUGGCCGAGAGAAGGUGAAAAAGGGUCCUGAGAAAGGGCAGAUCCAGGAGGUGCUAAAGAAGAAAGUGGAGGUCCAAAGAGUGAAUCGAGUAUCUCUCAGCACGAAACAGGACGAUUUUUUCAUCUUGCACGAAGCCGAGGCGGAUACAUUCCUGGAAUCCAUCUUCAAGACAGAAGUCAUUAGCCUGCUGUGCAAACGCUACGAAGAAGCCACUCGAGGAAAGCUCCAACUCCAUUUCAGUGACACACUACAAUUCCGUGUGAAGAAGGAAGGCUGGGGCGGAGGAGGAACCCGGACGGUGACUUUUAUGAAUGGUCCAGGCAACGUGGCUCUUCUCAAAUCGUCGGGAAAAAAUCUUUGUGUCAGCAUCGGGAGCGGGCUGCCUAGAAAUUCCAAGCCCACCAGGAAAGGAAUCCAGCAAAGCAGAGGCCGUCCUCCCAAGCACCCACCACCAUCCCGAGCUGCUCCAGCGAUUCCAAGAGGAGGAAAUCAAUCGGUUAUCUGCAGGAAUGGAGCUGCUCAACUUCCUUACAACACCAGGCAACAAGAACAGACCUAUUGCAGUCCCCGAAGGCCUGGAUCAGGACCGCCGGCCACAGCACUUCCGAAACAAAGCAUGGCACGGCGGCCAAAGGCCAGGUUACCCCCAGAUCACAACAUGGAGUUCCUCAGUGUCCCCGACCAGGGCAUGGCAGGGACACAGAGGAAAAGAAGCAUUAGCCAAAGGCCACCUCCUGCUGCAGGAAGACCCAAACCACAACCCAAGGUCUCUGGACCACGUUGUCGGGCUUUGUACCGGUAUCUUAGUCAGGAUGUGGACGAGCUGAGCUUCAAUGUGGGUGAUGUCAUAGACCUCUUGAUGGAAGAUCCCUCUGGAUGGUGGAAGGGUCGUUUCCAUGGCCGAGAAGGACUUUUUCCUGGGAAUUACGUAGAGAAGAUCUGAAGAGAAAUGCCAGUCUGAAACCGGAAGUAAGAGGCAAGAUAGGAAUGGGUAAAUUAGCCAUUUCAUGGAGGCAAAUUGUGCUAAGCACAAAGAAACUCUUACCUGGAUAGAUUUCAAAACGGCAACCUUUUUGUUUAAGAACCUCACUUAGUCAAGAGAGAAGACAUAAAGCUCGCCCUAGUACUUUUCUCCACUUGUAUGAUCUUUUAAGGUGCUCAGAUGCUACUUAAGAAAAGCGUUGAGAAUGUAGAAAUGUUUUAAAUAACUAGCCGAGGAGUACUGUAUACAUGUGGGAGGUACUGCACUGCUUGCUGGGUAUCGACACCCGAUGCAAUCUUGUUGGGGGCAUUAUAUAUAAUUAAAUAUCAAAUUUUAAAACACAAGGAUUUCACUUGUCUUCUUUGGUUUCCCAAUAGGGCACUUAUUAAACGUUAGAGCUUGUUUAUUAAGAUGGCUGGUAAAAUUAGUUUUAUGAAGGGGUAUCAAAAUGAAUGGAAUAAUUUGGCUUAAUGUCACUGAUAGAAGUGGUAUUAAAUUGAUGCCUUUCUUUCCCAUAAUUUCAUCACAUGAAUUUAAUAUACUACUUGUUUUUCAAAAAUUGCCUCUUGGAAGAAUAAAUUCAAUAUGUAUGUAUAGAAUACUGGAUUUACAGCCCAUAUUUCUUAUGGUGGUAUACAUGCAGAAGGAUCUCUUAAUCUUAGUCCCACAGUGAACUAAAAGGGGAUGGUCCCAAAAUAUUGAACUUGGGAUAUUCCAGGCCCAAGUAAAAAGUGCCCCCUCCCCAUAUUAACUGUCAUUAAUACUCAACUCAGGAAAGAAACCUGAGUAAUGUAGUUUUAGCUAGUCAGCUAUAUCAUAUGAGCAGGUCAGUGGGAGGAGUUACUAUAGUCAGCUAUAUUAUGUUAGCAGGUCAGUGGGAGGAGUUACUAAAGUUCAUUACAGGAUACACUGGCUACGUGGCCAGUUUGGAAUGCUUUUGUCUGAGAUAAGUAUUGGGCCACGACAGGACUCAGAUGGUAUGGAGGAAGCAUUCAUUAAUUUCUUACUGUUCAGAUCCAGAGUUAAGUUGCUUUAUAAAUCCAAAUCUUACAGAUAACUUAAGAAUGAUUCCAAAAUAGACAUUUUAUUCAGAAGGAAAUACUUGCAGUUUUGGUUGCUUCUGGAUAUCAUAGAUCUGUUCAUCCUUAUAGGUAAGAAAUUAAUGCUUCCUCCAUACCAGUUUGUAGCGUGGAAUGGGACCAUCUGAGUCCUGUCAUGGCCCCAUACUUAUCUCAGACAAAAGCAUUCCAAACUGGCACGUAGCCAGUGUAUCCUGUAAUGAACUUUAGUAACUCCUCCCACUGACCUGCUAACAUGAUAUAGCUGACUAGCUAAAACUACAUUACCCUUAAGCCAUCUCUUAAGGAGACAGUACUUAACCCAAUAAAUGCCAAACAUUCUAACACAGAGAGAUACAUGCUCUAGUCAGGAUUAUAUAAUCCAGAACAAGGUAGAUAAGUAUGUAUUAUGGUUCCUGAUUUUUUUUUUUAAGCAUGGCCAUGGACCAGGCAAGUUAGGAGUACUGUAACUAGAUUUUAGUAUAAAUGAAAGACAACAAUCCAAGGAUAACGCUACAUAGCAAUUUGUGCCAAUACCUUUCUAAAAAGAAAAGGUUUUGAAACAGUAAAACCAGCAGUAAAGUAAAAUAUAAACUUUUAUUUAGAAUUAAAGCGAAUACUUCAGUAUCACAAACACACAAUAUUAAACUUCCAAGAAAUAUAUUGCUAAUUUGGAGUGAGCAUUUAUUUUUGCACAAUUACAACAUGCGGACAAGUCCAGGGGAAAAAAA